UGUGUUAGAGACGGGAUUUUGCCCGGAUAUGAAUACAGGUGUGCCUUGAGAUUUUGGCUUGGUCUUUGGUGAGCCUUGGCCACAGACGGUUUGGGAACCCCAUGUCUACUAAUCUUAGUGUGGUGUUUCGAACUUUUGUUUUGAAAUGUAGAUUUGACACCGGAACCGGAUGUGUUCAACGGAAUCUUUUCGGAAACGCACCGACCGCCAUGUAGGACAGCGAGCGUUACGUUUACACGGAAGAAAGACUGUUGUUGUGUUAAAGUGCAACUGACUGGGAUUUAAGUAACUAUUUAAGCUUACAAAUGUCGUGCACAUUGUCAGAUACAGCGUGUUGAGUUUUUAAUUUGACUGAAUAAAAAUGGAGGCAAGGUUCAGCAGCGAAGUGGCGUCGAUAGUGGAAGUCGCCAUCCAGACGGUCGUGUCUGUUUUCAGGGAUGUUUGGGAAAAAGAGGCGCCAAACAAGGAUUGGGAACAGGUGAAGUCUGGCGAAAUCCAGGAGGUAGAGAAGUGUCUGGUGGUUCAGAUCCACAAAGUGUUCACGGAGUUCUCCUCGGAGCUGUUUGAGGAGAACGAGGCACUGCGGGCCAAGGUGGAGCAGCUGGAGGACGUGCUGCAGGGGAAAGUCAGCCAGCUGGAGCAGGAGCUGGAGGCCAGAGUGGGUCAGCUGGGCAAAGAGAUGGAGCAGCUGGAGAAGGACCUGAAGAGCAUCAGUGAAGGCAACAACACGACACAGGAUGGCCCGAUCCACAUCGUGAUGCAGGACGGAUCAGAGCUAGGAGCACCAGUGGUGUCGGUCUCCACCAGUCCUGCUGCCCCUCUUCUGGUUGCUGUGAAGGAACCCACCCCGAGUCCUCCUCCAGUUUCAGCAGGAAGCACUGAAGCCGCUCCACAGCCCACAACUGGAUCUGUGACCGACCCUAAACCCGUGAUAGCCCCGAUGGUGUUUGACGCUCCCGCUGUGAGCUUGGUGGGUGCCAGCCAAAGCGUUGCCCUGCCCCCCGUGCCAUUGGUGGUUGUCUCUGAAACCACGGAAACAACACAGCUCAUCCUCCAACCUGCGGACUCGUCGGGGUCCACGCCUCAAAACACCCUCAAUCCAGAGUCCAGCACCGUCGCAGGUGUCGACUCGGCACAGGAAAAGAAACCUGUGGAGGAGGCCCCUUCAGGGAGAACGAGGAGGACCAGGAGAGCGACUUCUAAAACUGAAGAAGCUUCCACAGACAACAGCGUGGAAGAGAAAAAAAUCAAGCCGGGUGGAGAGCAGGGAAGAAGGCUUCGAAGAAAAGAGUCACAGACAGUGAAGCGUUUCUCCUGCGAGCAUUGUAACGUCGGUUUUAACUGGAAAGGGGAAUUGAAGAAACACAUGAAGGUCCACAAGAAGCCUUUUCCUUGUGAGCAGUGUGGCAGAAGUUUCCUUGAAAAGAAGUCUCUGGAAAAUCACCUUUUGCGGCACGAGGCAAGUAAAGCCCCCUUGCCCUUCCCCUGUACUCAGUGUAAAAGAUCGUACCGAAAAGUGGAGUCGCUCGAGAAUCACCUCAAGCGUCACCAGCGGUCCAAACCACCAAAGCCGUUCGCCUGCGAUCAGUGCGGGAAAACCUUCAGAAUCAAGCCGUCUCUGGAAAACCACCUGCUGCGCCACGACAAAUGGAAGCAAAUGUUGAAGUGUCAUCUUUGUGACAAGACUUGCAAGACUUCAGUCCAGCUGAAAUGUCACAUGGCCGUGCACUCGGAAGAACGGCCGUUCAGCUGUGCAACAUGUGGGAAGGAGUUCAAGAGUAAAGACACCCUUCGCUUCCACCAGAUGGUUCACUCAAACGCCAAAAAAUACAAAUGCACAAUGUGCGACGAGACAUUUAAAUAUGCCCACUCCCUGACUGUGCACAAGAGGAAACACACGGGCGUCACUCCGUUCAUAUGCACCUUGUGCAACAGGUCGUACAGGACUGGCACUGCUCUGAAACGACACAGUGUCGUGCACACUGGGGAGAAACCUUUCACCUGUCACAUAUGUGGAGCGAGGUUCAGCCUGAAUAACAACCUGAAGAGGCACCUGCGCAUUCACACCGGGGAGAAGCCGUUCAUCUGCGUCGAGUGUGGCAAAAGCUUCUCCGACAACAACAAGCUCAAGUCCCACAUGCUCAUCCAUGGUGCCAGAAAGCCUUUCAUGUGUGAUCUGUGCGGGAAGACCUUCCUCUUCAACUGCAGGCUGCUGAUACAUCAGAGGUACGUGCAUGCUGACAGGAACGAGGAAACGGACAGCACGCAAAGGUUUUUCCAGACGAGAAAGCGAAACAAGUCGUUGGUUAAACCCUUCAGCUGCAAAAUAUGUCUGAGAGGUUUCAGCGCCGCAUGUUCUCUCAAACUUCAUGAAAGAGGCCACAGUGAGCAAAAGGAGUUCAACUGCGGCAUAUGUGGGAAGUCUUUCCACAACAAGUACUCGUUCGGCUAUCAUCAGAGAAGCCACGCGGGGGAGAAGCCCUUUGUGUGUGAUGUGUGCGGGAAGAGAUUUUUCCACGCCGGUAGUCUCAAGCAGCACGAGCGGAUUCACACGGGCGAAAAACCGUACAAAUGCGACCAGUGCGGCAAAGCCUUCAGAACGGACGGAAACUUCUACAGACACUUGCGGAUCCACACGGGGGAGAAGCCGUUUGAAUGUUUGUACUGUCACAGGAAGUUCCACCAGUCGAACCAGCUCAAGUCCCACAUGCAGGUCCACACUGGGGAGAAGCUCUACUCGUGCCCGCAGUGUGCCCGGGGUUUCUCUGAUUCAAGGCAGCUCAAGAAGCACAGCUGUGACUGGGCCAUAGGUGAAGGGAUGUGAUGCCGGGGUGUGUUGACCGCCGGAAAGCUUGGCUGAUCAACAAAUGGGAGAAGUUGGGUUAAUGUAAUAAAGUCAUGAAUGAAACCGCAGUAUGAUGUAUUAAGGGAAACCAAAUGACAUGUGUGUGGCCCAGUGCCUUUGUGCUCAAAAUAUUGUUUUACAAAAAACAUCUUUAUGAGCUGUUGUUGAGAGCUAUUGUUUGUUGACAGAAGAUUCAUUAUCAAGUAAAAAUACAAACCUGUGACACGAG